AUGACGAAGGAGGUGUUUGUCUUUUCUGAUAACGCUGAUGCGCUUAAUCGCAUUCGAGGUGAUCUUGCAUAUGAACCGGAAAGCGAUGUGGCAAUUCAAUUGGAGACAAUUGCUCGGCACUCGGAGAAAUUGCAUAGGCUGGGUGUCUCUAUCGAGCUGCACUUGAACCCAGGCCAUUCUGGUGUGCCAGGCAAUGAAGCGGCCGAUAAAAUAGCAAAAAAAGCCAUGUACGAGCUUCGCAUGAGAACGGAGACCUCUUGUCUUGGCCGACCAUAG